AUGGGGAAGGAGGAGAGCUAUGAGUUGGGGCCCCGGGGCAAGGCCCCGCCCCCGGCGCCCAAGGGUCGUGGUCGCCACAAGCAGGAGAAGCUGGAGGACAUGAAGAAGGAGAUGGAUGUGGGCCUGGCGGAGGCGGUGGCAGCCGAGCGGCUGCUGCGGGAUGGUCCCAACGAGCUCCGUCCCCCCAAGGGGACCCCCGAGUGCGUCAAGUUUGGACGGCAACUGGCCGGGGGUCUCCAGUGCCUGAUGUGGGUCGCGGCCGCCAUUUGUCUCAUCGCCUACGGCGUGCAGGAGGGGGAGGGGGACCGCGGCAGCUCCGACAACCUCUACCUCGCCAUCGCCCUCAUCGCCGUCGUGGUGGUCACCGGCUGCUUCGGGUACUACCAGGAGUUCAAGAGCACCAACAUCAUCGCCAGCUUCAAGAACCUCGUCCCUCAGCAAGCCACGGUCAUCCGAGAAGGUGACAAACUCCAGAUCAACGCCAACGAGUUGGUGGUGGGGGACCUGGUGGAGAUCAAAGGAGGGGACCGAGUCCCCGCCGACAUUCGCAUCAUCUCGGCUCAGGGGUGUAAGGUGGACAACUCAUCGUUGACGGGGGAGUCGGAGCCCCAGACGCGCUCCCCCGAGUGCACCCACGACUCGCCCCUGGAGACCCGCAACAUCGCCUUCUUCUCCACCAUGUGCCUGGAAGGGACGGCCGUGGGGCUGGUGAUCAACACGGGGGACAGGACCAUCAUCGGCCGAAUCGCCAGCUUGGCCUCGGGGGUGGAGAACGAGAAGACGCCCAUCGCCAUCGAGAUCGAGCACUUCGUCGACAUCAUCGCCGGCCUCGCCAUCUUCUUCGGGGCCACCUUCUUCGUGGUGGCCAUGGUCAUCGGUUACCCCUUCCUCCGGGCCAUGGUCUUCUUCAUGGCCAUCGUGGUGGCUUACGUCCCCGAGGGGCUGCUGGCCACCGUCACGGUUUGCCUCUCCUUGACGGCGAAGAGGUUGGCGAGGAAGAACUGCGUGGUGAAGAACCUGGAAGCCGUGGAGACCUUGGGCUCCACCUCGGUCAUCUGCUCCGACAAGACGGGGACCCUCACCCAGAACCGCAUGACGGUGGCCCACCUCUGGUUCGACAACCAGAUCCACACGGCCGACACCACCGAGGACCAAUCGGGUCAGAGCUUCGACCAAUCGUCGGAGACGUGGACCAUGUUGAGCCGCGUCGUCACCCUCUGCAACCGGGCCCAGUUCAAGCCGGGGCAGGACGACGUCCCCGUGGCCAAGCGUGACGUCAUCGGCGACGCCUCGGAGACGGCGCUGCUGAAGUUCGCGGAGGUGACGGUGGGGCCGGUGACGGAGGCGCGAGGCCGGUUCCCCAAAGUGGCCGAACUGCCCUUCAACUCCACCAACAAGUUCCAGUUGUCGGUGCACGAGGCUGGAGAACGUCAACUGCUGGUGCUGAAAGGUGCCCCCGAGCGGGUGCUGGAGAGGUGCAGCACGGUCCUGCUGAAGGGACAGGAGUUGGCCCUGGACGCCCAAUGGAGAGAGGCCUUCGAGGGGGCCUACGCCGAGCUGGGGGGGACGUGGAAGGACGUGGUGGGGACAUGAGGUACGUGGGGACGGGGGGACAUCAAGACCACGGAGGGGACACUGGAGACCACAGGGGACCACGAGGACCCCCCUCAGGACCGUGGGGUGGCCCUCGGUGGGGUCACCCCACACGUGUCCCGUGUCCCCCAGGUGAUCAUGGUGACCGGGGACCACCCCAUCACGGCCAAGGCCAUCGCGGCCGCCGUCGGCAUCAUCUCCGAGGGCAGCGAGACCCCCGAGGAGGUGGCAUCUCGGCUACGUGUGCCCCUGGAGAGGGUGGACCCCAGGUGCCACCACGAUGGGGAUGUCUCCACCACGAUGGUGAUGGUCUUCAUCUUCAUCCCUCCAGUCCCCGUGUCCCCACGGUGCCACCACGAUGGGGAUGGGGAUGUCUCCACCACAAUGGUGAUGGUCCUCAUCUUCAUCCUUCCUGUCCCCGUGUCCCCAAGGUGCCACCACGAUGGGGAUGUCUCCACCACGAUGGUGAUGGUCUUCAUCUUCAUCCCUCCAGUCCCCGUGUCCCCACGGUGCCACCACGAUGGGGAUGGGGAUGUCCCCAAGGGUGCCAUCGUGGCGGUGACCGGGGACGGGGUGAACGACUCCCCGGCGCUGAAGAAGGCCGACAUCGGGGUGGCCAUGGGCAUCGCCGGCUCCGACGCCGCCAAGAACGCGGCCGACAUGAUCCUCCUCGACGACAACUUCGCCUCCAUCGUCACCGGCGUGGAGCAAGGCCGCCUGAUCUUCGACAACCUGAAGAAGUCCAUCGCCUACACCUUGACCAAGAACAUCCCCGAGUUGACCCCUUACCUCAUCUACAUCACGGCCAGCGUCCCCCUGCCCUUGGGCUGCAUCACCAUCCUCUUCAUCGAGCUCUGCACCGACAUCUUCCCCUCGGUCUCCUUGGCCUACGAGCGGGCGGAGAGCGACAUCAUGCACCUGAAGCCCCGCAACCCCCGACGCGACCGAUUGGUCAACGAGCCCUUGGCCGCCUACUCCUACUUCCAGAUCGGUGCCAUCCAGUCCUUCGCCGGCUUCACCGACUACUUCGUGGCCAUGGCCCAGGAGGGCUGGUGGCCCCUGCUCUGCCUGGGGCUGCGCCCGCGCUGGGAGGACACGCACGAGCAGGAGCUGCAGGACAGCUACGGCCAGCAAUGG